UCAUUUCGCUCUCAAAUAUUUCGUUUGUACAGAGAAGACAAAGAAAAAAGAAAAACAAGACAAAAAAAGUGCAAAUAAUUAAUAUUAUUUUUUUUUAGUAAACUUUGAAUAGUUUCGCUCGAUACAAAAAAAAAACACCCAAAAAAAUCUAUUUACACAAUUCUAUUAAAUCAACCAAUUCAAUCAAAAAAGCAAAGUGCUAUUUGCAUUUUUUAACUAAGAACAAAUAAAUUCCCAUCCCAAGUUUCAUAAGCGCUCUCCAACAAAAAUUAAAAGAAAAAAAAAAAACCUCCAAACGAAUUUGCGUCGCAGAGAUAUUUUGUUUUGGUUGUGGAUUUGCAGUGGUUGUUUUUAAACAAAGAAAUUUUCUUUGCAUUUUUUUACUCAUUUUAUUAUUACUCAGAGUUUGAGGCUACUCGCUGGAUAACCCACAACUUGAUACUUUACCUUGAUAAUUAAAUACUCUCGGCUGAGAAAAUGCUCGACUUGGAAGUUGUUCCCGAAAAGUCACUUGGCUGUGAUAGCUGGGAAUUUGUCCUGGGCAUGCAUUUCUCUCAAGCCAUUGCCAUAAUCCAAUCCCAAGUGGGGAUCAUCAAAGGCGUCCAAGUCCUUUAUUCGGACACAAAUCCAUUGGGCGUGGAUAUCAUAAUAAAUCUCCCGCAAGACGGUAUUCGAUUGAUCUUUGAUCCUGUGGUGCAACGGCUCAAGACAAUCGAAGUAUUCAGCAUGAAAUUGGUCAAACUAAAGUAUGGUGGGGUGUUCUUUAACAGCCCCGAAGUACUGCCCUCAAUCGAACAGAUCGAGCAUUCCUUUGGAGCCACACACCCAGGCGUUUAUGAUGCAGCCAAGCAGUUAUUUGCCCUGCAUUUCAGAGGCUUGAGUUUCUACUUUCCUGUGGAUAGUAAACUUCAGGCUGGCCAUGCUCACGGGAUGGGUUCGUUAGUGUUCUUGAAUGGUGCUUCGCCUGUGGUCUCAAAGAUGUCCCUGUACUCGGGCAGUAAUGUGGCUGAGAACAGACCUCCGCCUCUUCCACUGUCUUGUUACAAUCGACAGUUACACCUUGAAUCGGCUUCUGUGUUGCGCAAUCCUCUGGGAAUGACUCGUGGCCUCAAGUUGAAACUUUUCACUGAAGGCUCAGGUCGGGCUUUGGAACCUCGCAGACAGUGCUUCACAAAGGAAAUUAUAUUUGGCGAUAGUUGUCAGGAUGUGGCCAUGAAUCUGGGCGCUCCCAAUCGAAUUUUCUUCAAAAGCGAGGAUAAAAUGAAAAUCCACUCGUCGAAUGUAAAUCGCCAGGCACAGAGCAAACGAAGUGACAUAUUCUUCAACUAUUUCACACUCGGCAUUGAUAUACUCUUCGAUGCACGCACUCAAACCUGCAAGAAGUUCAUCCUGCACACAAAUUAUCCAGGCCAUUUUAACUUCAACAUGUACCAUCGCUGUGAAUUCCAGUUCCAACUGAAGCCAGACAAAGUCCUCGAUGGGGACAAACAAAUGUCGUCACAAUCAGUUCCCAUUACGGCAUAUUCGAAAUGGGACGAUAUCAGUUCAUCGCUGGUUCCAUCGGAACGGCCAGUUGUUUUGCAUCGUGCCAGCUCCACCAAUACCGCCAAUCCAUUUGGGUCGACCUUCUGCUAUGGCUAUCAGGAUAUCAUAUUUGAGGUGAUGCCCAAUAAACAUAUUGCCUCGGUGACGUUGUAUAAUACGUCGCCGUCUAAGCAAAAGGAAUACCUCUGGCAGAAUAAUAAGAUGCAGGAUAUUCGCCUUACAGUAGCGUGAAAUUUCUAAAAAAAAAAAUGUAAACAAGAGCAGCAGAGAGAACAAACAAAAGAAAAGAAAUUGGAACGUGACUCAGUAAAAAAAAAAAAAAAUGGCCAAAUAUAGGCGAAACUAACUCUUAUAUAAAAUACAUUAUAUAUAUAUAUUGUUUCUACACACACACACACACAUAACAUAUGAUCUAUAUUUUUUAAACAAUUUCCUAUAUUUAAGUCCUUAAACAAAAAAAAAAAAAGAUAAAAAAAAAUUAAAACAAAACAAAAAAAAAAAAAAAUUAAAAUUAACUGUGUUUUUGUAUUUUUAUUUCUCUGAUUUUAUGUGAAGAAGUUGUGUAUUAAGUAGUGUUAUGUUAGCUGUUCAUAUACAAUAGAAAGUAAAUUAAUAAAGUAAACUUCUGUACAUAAAACAUUUU